UCUCACCGGCAUUAUCUAUGAGAACUGAACCCUAAUCGUCUCAUUGUUCUUUUCGUUUUCUUUAUCAUUAAGUUUCAUUCAUCUGAAAUCUGAAUUUUCGCCUGAACUAAAUUCAGAUUUCUCCUUCUACAAUGGUUGAAAGAAGGAGGAUUAUUCAUGAACAAUUUCGACUUCAUAAAGAAUGAAAUACCCUUUUGAUUCUCGCCAAACAUGGAAAAAACCAUUGAUGCAACACAUUACAAGUUUAAUGACAGUACUACAAGUGAUAUGACUUUGCGAUUAACAAACAAAGAAGGCCAACUCGAGCUUCUUCACUCUCAUUCAAUUGUCCUGAAGAAUGUAAGCAAGUUUUUCGAAGAACAGAUUUCAUCUCAAAGCCUAGAAAUCGAUAUUCAUUGCUCGGAUGUCGAUUACGAUCAUCAUAUGGAGUUUUUCAAGAGUUUAUAUCUUCCAGAUGACUCACUGUUAGAUUCAUGGGCAUGUGUUAGAUCAGCCAUUGGUGUUCUUCAAGUCGCAACUGCCUACAGCUGCGAAAAGAUCAUAUCGAGUUGCAUACACUACUUAGAAGCAGUCCCAUGGGAUGACAAGGAAGAGGAUGAGAUUCUAAAAGCAGUUUCUAAACUUGGUCCAAUUGCAAUGCCAAUAUUAGCAAGAAUCCAACCUGUAGAUUUAAAUGCUACAAAAGGGGUCUUGAUCUCUGCAAUUCGAUUCGCCACAUCUCUAAACGAGCCUUGCGCUCCAUUUGGUAGUGAGCUUAAAACUUCUGCUCAAGAACAGAUUGAAUACAUGCUCAACGAAGAUGAAGAAACCCCAAUUGUCAUGGCAGAUAAUGAAGUCAAGUCGGAAAUAAGAACAGGACUUUCGAAAAUCUCUUCCACUUUCGAAAAUGAAUUGAGUUUGUUGCUUGUGGAACCGAACAUUGAACAGAAUACGAUCGUCAUGCAGAGUCUCUCCGAUCUCGAAUGGCUGUGUGGGUUACUACCGAAAGUAGAUCUAAUGAAAGAUUUUGUAUCAAAUUGGGCUGAAAUCUCUGAUUUUAUAGUUAGGACGGUUGAAGAUUUGAAACUCGAUGAUUCGAUGUGGGGUUUGAAGGUGAAAGUGAUGGAAUUGACGGCUAGGGUUCUUGAAGCAGUUGGGUAUGGGAACGUUAUACUCUCACCAAAUACCCGCGUGCAUUUGUUAAAAACUUGGCUACCUUAUAUUAGGAAGAUGAAGCCUCUUCUCGAUUUAAAGAGUAACGAGGAUUCAAAUUUUGAUCAUAAAAUGGAUGAGGAUCUUUGCCAGGGUAUUGAAGGUGCAAUUGUUUCGUUGAUUUUGGCAUUGCCUUCGGAUGAUCAAGCUGAUAUACUCGAGGAAUGGAUGCGAGAAGAACAUGUUAGGUAUCCUGAUUUGAGUGAGGCUUUCGAGAUUUGGUGUUAUAGAACGAAAUCUGCAAAUCGGAGAUUGGUCGAGGGUUUCGAAAAGGGCGAGAAUUGUAAUUCCACUCUUCCGUUUACCCUCAAUUAAUUAUUUUUUAUCUAGCCCAGAAAUGACACUAGAGCAAGCGAUUUCAAAGGGAUUUCGUGUAACUUUAUUGAAAAUUGAAAAUGAAUUGCCUUUUAUGUGAAACACAUCAUGCAAUCUGAUUAGCUUGCUAUACAUAUAUAUGCAAAGAAGCAUCAAAAACUGACCAAAAACAACAAACUUAAUUUGUUUUUCUAGUUUCUUUGUUUAGUUGAUCUUCAUGUUAC